AUGAGCUGUGACAACAACGACGACGACGAGGGCCUGGAGCUUCUCCAGCGCGCCCGCCUGCUUGUUCAAGCAGCGACCAACUUACCCGACUUCAGCACCCUCUUCAAAAAGCAGCCCGCCAGCCCCCACGACGACAACCCGUCCGCCGCCGCCACCGCGUUGCCGUCGAAAACGACGCAAGCACCGUCCACCACGAUCGACAACAUGCCAAUCCACACACACAACACGUAUGGCGCCGAAUCAACGCCACUUGGCGCUGAUCUCGUCAUGCGUACCCGACGGGGGCUGGCGCCGAAACGACCGCCUUUCAAACCGUCUGCAACACAACAAAACCAGGAAGAGUCGACGCCGCACGAGCCGUGCAAGCAAGCAACGCAGGCGUCACCGUCCAACGCGAGCGGGCCGAAGAAGGCCAAGAAAGCAAAGCCAAAGACCGACGCAUCGAACGACGGGAGCGACGUGGACGACGCCGACCGGCGCGCAGCCCAAGCUCUUGCGCAAAAGUACGCACAAGAGCGAGCGGCCGCACGCGUCGCGGCCAAACUCCGCGAACAGAUGGCCGCGGCCGAGAAGGAAGCGCAGUCGCAAGCCGCGUGCGUCCACGAGUUUUACGAAACGUUGGAGGAAAAGGAGCACCGCCUGAAAAUCGAUCGGAGUCGAGCCAAAGACCGCAUUGUCAAGGCGAAGCAAGCCAAAGAAGAGCUCGACGCAAAGCACGCGGACGGAGCGGAGCCUGCGCACGCAGGUCCCGAGCAGCUUGAGAAAUUUCAAAAACAGACCAAAGAACGUUUGCUCAAGGCGAAAGAAGCGAAGCGGCAGGCUGAGCUCCUGCGACAAGCGCAAGAGCGACAACAAGAAGAAAUGAAGGCCAAGCACUUGGCGGACGAAGCGGCGUCGGCCGACGACGCCAAACGCCGCGCAGACCAAGUGCGACGCGAAACAAAGCGGCGAUUGAAGGCAAUACAGGCUCACAAGGACAAACUUGAACGAAUGGAACUCGAGCUGCGGCAGCAAGGCCUGGACAAGUACAAACACCACAAAGACGAGAUGGAGUGGGUCGCCAAAGGCGGCGCGCCCUUCGCGUCGCCGUCGGUAUCAAAGCACGCGAGUAAAACAAACCAGUCGCCCGCCGCCCUUGUGCACACGCCCGACAGCUCCGUGAAUACAGGAGAUUCGCCUGCACACGUUGACGACGCUCCUGCAACGUUGAGGCGGCCGUCGGAGAAUGACACAACUAUAGAGCUCUCCCACGGCGAGCUUGAAGAAGAGAUUGCAAGAAAAGGAGUCGAGAACACCAUUGUCAUCGUCGCAGCGGACGACAACGACGGUGUUGGUCGACAGGGCAAGGUUGACUUGCCGCCGUUAGUCGUCCAAUUCGCUGAACCCGCAGCCGAUCCGUUGAAGCGAGUCGUGAAGAAGAAGGCGCUGUGGAAGCGUCCUCCCGUGCCGAUUCCCACCGUCGACGAGAUCGCACACCGGUCCAAGCACGCGAUGCCCGCCGUGGCGCCAGCCAUUCCCUCCCGGCACGUCUCGUACACAGACCGGAUGAAAAGUCGGUCUGCCCCGAGCAGUUUGAAUUCCCAGGCCGAGCGACUCGUCAGCGCCACGCGCGAGCGCGCCAAGCAGAUGGACAAGGCGUCGUCCGCACACGGUUGA